GGAAGUUUUUACCUUUGAAGACAAUGUUAGGACCAAGAUAUGAUGAACAGGUUGCUGAAGAAAAUCGUUUUCACCCAAGUAUGUUAUCCAACUACUUAAAGAGUCUGAAGGUUAAAAUGGGUUUACUGGUAGACUUGACCAACACCACUAGAUUCUAUGAUAGGAAUGAUAUAGAGAAAGAGGGGAUUAAGUAUAUAAAGCUCCAGUGUAAAGGGCAUGGUGAGUGCCCUACACCUGAGAAUACGGAAACAUUUAUCCGUGUAUGUGAACAUUUCAGUGAUAAGAAUCCCUCAGAGCUUAUAG